GUCUUGGCUUGGUUAAACUUCUUCGCGUCUUUGGACUGAGUUGGAGUCCGUCAUUUGUGCUACUCUUUCACUGUAUAGUGUUGCUUUUAUAGUUGAAAUGUUAAAUUCACUCAAUUAAAUGAGUUUGAACUACAGUAGUUUCAAAUUUUAAAUAUAUAAAAUAUGGAUCAAGAAUAAGAAUACUUUGGAAAAGAUGGCUUCCCAGAAGAGCAGGGCUGGAGGGUCUCAAAGAAACCGGGACUCAGGAUUUUCCCAGAGCCAAGGAGGUGAAGGAUCACAGAGGAGCAGGGCUGACAUCUACUCAGAGGAGCAACUGGAUGCUUUGGUAACGAAUGCAACUGCUUUUCUCCUCUGUGAGCUGAGAAGCAAGAGGAGAUUAAAGAAGGAAGAUGUUGUCACCAAUGCACUCAACAAGUCGUCCAGACAGUAUGGUGUAAUCAUGAAGAGGGUGAAGCAAAAUCUCUCUGAUGUUUUUGGUCUAGAAAUAGCCAAAAUAUCUGACAGUAAUGAUGAUGCCUUUAUAAUAAUAAACAAACACAGAGAGGGGUUCAACAAGUUGACACAGCAUUUAGCCACUGAGGCAGAAAUUCAGGACAACAUGGUGCUGACUGUUGCCCUGGCCUCCAUAUUCAUGAAUCGUGGACAAUUGUACGAAAGUCAUUUGAUGGCAAUUUUGGAGACCAUUGGUUUUCUCAGUGACAAGUUCUAUGGUUCAGCUUGUGAAAAGAAAAUGAAGGAGCAUGUUACAAAGCUUGUUAAAAAUGUGUUUGUAAAGCAUAUGUAUCUUGAUGCCCGUGUCAUUCCUAGACCAGAUCAAAAACAGAAUCCUCCUCUGCCAGAAACGACAGACAAAGUGACAGUGUUACGGUGGGGUUACAGAACUUAUCUGGAGGUGGAUGUGGACAAGAUUGUGCAGUACUUAGAAAAGAUCCAUGAUGGCAAAAAACCACCAGCAUUCCCAUUUACACACUACACGGAGAUAAAAAAAAGACAAGCCACAUUGCAGGCACAACUUCAGUGAGUGGUGCGGCUGACCACUGUUGAGAACAAUUUUAAAAUUAUUUGGAUAUGUUUUGACACCUUUAGAGUUCAAUCACAAAUUACAUAAUUGGGUAUGUAACUGAUUUUACAGACAAAAGACAAUGGAAUAAAUCCAUGCUAAAUUCUUAAAUAAUUUUGACUAUAAAAUAAGUCACCUGGUUAAAGAUUACAUACCAUAAUCUUAAAACGAUUUACAUACAGUAAAAUGAUAACAAGGUUUUGAAAUUUGUACAUUGUUAAGUUUUCAGAUAAAAAUAACUCAGAUAUCAUGUAUUUGUAUUAUGACCGUAUGAUAACACUUUUACAAAGACAAUAUUUUCUUAGUAUAAAUAUUUUUUACUUUAGUGAGCAACUGUUUUGUAUUAUAAUUUGUAAAAUAAAUGUUAUACAAUACAA